AUGGCUACAGCUUUAAGGUCAAUAUCAUCGACAUUUCAAAAACAUGGAAAAACAAUUAUUCAAGAGCGAUUUAUUCCACAGAUUGAGAGACAAGUUGCCUGCCUGUCAACCACAGCUUGUUGCAUGUCUGAUGAAAAAAAAGGAACAAACCAUAAUUAUAUCGUGAAUCCAAUGUUCUAUAAUCGUAAUCCAAGGUCUCUAGAGUUCAUGGGACUUGCUAGGAAACAGAAAGGUUGGCGUUUUCAGGCUCCCCGCAAUGACUACUACCACAAAUUAGUGUUUGAAAAAACAAACUGGAACAUUCAUGCUUACAUUGUCCACUCAUCUGGAGAGAUUGUUGUAUCAGCUUCUACAAAAGAAUGGGCCAUCAGAAAAUAUCUCUAUAGUUGUACUGAUGUGACAGCAGCCAAGAAUCUUGGUUAUGUCUUAGCUCAACGUUGUCUUAAUGCUGGUCUGACUCACGUCUUCUAUGAUGACACAUAUGACACUAACAAGUCAGAAAAGUUGCUUUCUUUCUUGGCUGCUGUACAAGAAGGACAGUUGUGUUUAGAAGAACCAGAUUUGCCAGAUCCUCCUUUCGCUUUUUUUUUUUUUUUUCUGUCAUUGGAAUUUUUUUUUUUUGUCUUUUCUUUUUACUCUUCCCCUCUUUUUGUCUCUACUUUUUCUUUUUUCUCCUCUAACUUUUUUUCUCUUCUUCCCCUCUCUUUUGUCUCUCCUCUUCUGUUCUUCCUAUCCCUUCUGUGUCUCUUUUUCUCUCUUCUUCCCUCCCCCUUUGCCUCUCUUUUUCUCUCUUCUUCCUCUCCCUUUUGUCUCUCCCUUUCCCUCUUCCUCCCCUCCUUUUUGUAUCUCCCUUUCCCACUUAUUCCCUUCCCAGUAAGCCACUCUCUCUAUUUUCUUCCACACUUUCUUCUUUUUCAACCUCUUUGUCCCACAUUCUUUCUCUUUCUUCCUUUUCUCUCUACCUCUUGCACUCUUUCAUUUGGGCCCUCUUACUCUUUCUUCCCUUUAUUUGUUUACUUUCUUCUUUGUCACCUAUUUAUUGGACCCUUUCUUAUCUAUCUAUCUAUCGAUCUCCCUCUCUCCCUUCUUUCUCUUCUGUCUUCACAGACUUAUGGUCAUAUCAAGUAG